CACCCGGCGCCGGCUCGGGAAAUGGGUGCUCGUCUGGUGUGCGGGCGCCGGGGGCGGGGAAAGCACACGCUCAGCUGCGCGCUGGCCCCGCCCGGGACCCGGCGGGAGCGCGGGGCCAUCCUCUUCCUCCCUUGCUGGCGCUGGGCUGAGCCCGGAGCCGAGAAACUGAGUUGGCUCUGAGCUCCCUGUUUGGUUUCUGGGCGGCGGCAGCCGGAGGAGGAACAUGGCGCUCGUAGGCAACGGAGCAGAGUUGGAAGCGGACGAGGACAUCUUUGAAGAUGCCUUGGAAACCCUCUCUAUGCCUUCUCGUGUAGAUAUGGCAACAAGCAGCCAACACUUCUCAUCAUUUGAUACAAAACAGGCAUCUGGACAGCACCGAACAUCUAAUAUGAAAAGGUCACUGUCAACCAAGGUGGAUCUCAGGAGUGGCCUGGAAGAAUGUACAAUGGCACUGAACUUAUUUCUAAGUAACAAAUUUACAGAUGCCUUAGAAUUGCUUCGACCAUGGGCUAAGGAGAGCAUGUACCAUGCCUUGGGCUACAGUACCAUUGUGGUGCUUCAGGCCGUCAUGACCUUCGAGCAACAGGACAUCCAAAAUGGCAUUUCUGCCAUGAAGGACGCCUUACAAACCUGCCAAAAAUACAGGAAAAAAUGCACAGUCGUAGAAUCUUUCUCAAGUCUUCUUUCUAGAGGAUCAUUGGAACAGCUGACUGAAGAGGAAAUGCAUGCCGAAAUCUGUUAUGCCGAGUGCCUCCUACAGAAAGCAGCCCUCACGUUUGUGCAGGAUGAAAAUAUGAUCAACUUCAUCAAAGGUGGACUCAAAAUUAGAACAAGUUACCAAAUAUAUAAAGAAUGUCUUUCUAUCCUGCAUGUAAUUCAGAAGAACAAAGUUGAGCAGCAAUUCUUCUAUGAGUUUGAAGGUGGCGUCAAGCUUGGAAUAGGGGCCUUUAAUUUGAUGCUGUCCCUUUUACCAGCACGGAUUAUCAGACUACUAGAAUUUAUAGGAUUUUCUGGAAAUAGGGAGUUGGGCAUCCUGCAGUUACAGGAAGGUGCCUUAGGAAGAAGCAUGAGGUCUCCACUAUGCUGCUUAACUAUACUAGCUUUUCAUACGUAUAUCUCCCUGAUACUUGGUACAGGAGAAGUGAAUGUUGUGGAAGCAGAGCGUCUCCUUGAACCCUACCUCCAGCAGUUUCCAAAUGGCUCCCUCAUGUUGUUUUAUCAUGGCCGGAUAGAGCUGCUGAAAGGAAAUGUGGAAGAGGCACAAGAGAUAUUUCGAAAAUGCAUUUCAGUUCAAGAAGAAUGGAAACAGUUUCACCAUCUCUGUUAUUGGGAGCUGAUGUGGAUUUUUGUAUUCCAACAAAACUGGAGGGAGGCGUAUUACUAUUCAGAUCUGCUUUGCAAAGAGAGUAAAUGGUCCAAGGCAACAUAUGUGUUCUUAAAAGCUGCAAUUUUGAGUAUGCUUCCAGAGGAAGAUGUAGUAGCAACUAAAGAGGAUGUGGUAACUUUAUUUAGACAGGUGGAUGGCUUGAAGCAGAGAAUUGCUGGGAAAUCGAUCCCUACUGAGAAGUUUGCUGUGAGGAAGGCUCGACGUUACUCUCCCUCGUUGCCCGCACCCGUGAAGCUCAUCUUGCCUGCCCUGGAAAUGAUGUAUGUUUGGAAUGGUUUUCCACUAGUGAGCAAAAGAAAAGAUCUUUCUGAAAAUCUGUUGGUAACUGUUGAAAAGGCUGAGGCAGAUCUACAAAGUGAAAGGAAACGAGUGGAUGAGAAGGCUCAAGAAACUGGGACCAAAAGGAGGAACUCAAAGUUUGUACUAUUUAACAAAGAACCAAAACAACACUCCAGCGACUACUCUGUAGAUGACGAAUGCUUAGUGAAGUUGCUGAAAGGAUGCUGCCUGAAGAACUUACAGCGGCCUUUGCAAGCGGAAUUGUGUUUCAAUCACGUUGUCCAAAGUGAAAAGCUACUGAAGUAUGACCACUACCUAGUGCCAUUUACUCUGUUUGAGUUGGCAUUUUUGUAUAAAAACCAAGGGGAAAUUGACAAGGCCAUAAAGGUCCUAGAAACUGCAAGAAAUAACUACAAAGAUUACUCACUGGAGUCCAGACUACACUUCAGAAUUCAGGCAGCUCUUCACCUCUGGAAAAAAUCUUCCUCAGAUUGAUCAGAACAUGAAGAAUGGAAUUUUCUCUCAAUUAGUACUGGCAUCUGCUGUAGAUUAGACCUUGUAUUAAAGUGGAAAAAUGAUCUUGUGAAUGUGAGACAAAAAACUAAUUUUACUGUCAAUAUUUUCUAUCAUCUGUGUGGUUUACUAUUGGUCUACCUAAGUGGGUUUUUUUUUUUUUCCUAUGGAAUGAUGUUAAAUAAUAUCUAGAAAACUCUUAUAUUUUGCAUCUCCAUAAAGAAUUUCAUAUCUGAUUUGAAUUGGAGAGUGAAAAGUCUUUUAAAGGACUCACAGGUACAAUAAAGUAUAAUUAGAUUAUUUAUUUUUUUAAUGUGGAAAUGAAUAUUGUGUAAGUAGCAAAUGGCUUACAACCUAGCCAUUUUUAGCUUUGUUGGUCUGUUAAACUUCAGAGAUAUUUUGUUGCCUAGCAUUUAAGUUUCAGAGGGGAAAUAAGAAUCACCUACAUUCAAAAUAGCUCAAUAACUUUCCGAAAACUCCUGAAAAAGACGGGCAAUGGGUGUGAACAGGACAGGUAAUGUAGGUAAUAGGUUGAAAGACCUGUAUCUAGAAAAGGUGAUGAAAUGUUGUUAUUGUUUUUUAUUCUUCAUGUAAGUUACAGGUGGUGACAGUUUUGAGAGACUAUCCUGUUUUUGAAUGUACUUAAGUCUGUUAUUAUUAUAACAAAAUUCAAAAAAAUUCCGUGUAUCUAAAGGGAAAAAAAGUUAUAUUUUAGAAAUUUUCCUUAACCUUAACAAUGAGCGCCUAAAAUAUAUACGUUGACUAUUUUUCUUAUAAAGUUCCUGCUGCUUUCAAUGAUAUAUAAAAUAAUAAUUUUUACACUCCUAA